CCGACUGUCAUGGCUGCCUCCUAUGAGAGAACAUGUCUCAAAACAGUGUAACAGUGAACAGAAGUGUAAACUUCUACAUGUUAUAUUAGAAAAAAUUUGGUUAAUGGGGAAAAUAUAUCUGUAUAUAACUACAUAGUGGAUGAGCACGCGAGGUUGACUUUUAUUCAUUUAGCUAGCUAGCAUGGUUAUAUAGACAUGUACUACAUGCUAGCUUUGGUGACUUCUCAUUGACAGCUGACGCUAUGGCGUUAAUCUCUACUUGUUUUCGUGUCAGGCCCAGAGCUGUUCUGAGCUGCCGUUUAUUUUCCUCUGUAGCGAAAAGCAGAGACAGAGAAACGCGCGACGAGGUGCCGCAGUUCCGAUAUGUAGGAGAGCGCCGGAAGCCCACUGAUAAAGUGUUCGUGUGGGGCUUCAGCCACACUGGAGCGCUCGGCAUUCCCAGUUUUGUGAUUCCCGACAGCGGCAGGAAAAAACCCAGAAAAUACCAACUGACCCCUUACCGCCUCGAUACGGAACAAAAGAUCUCUUCAGCAGCCUGUGGUUAUGGCUUCACAUUAUUGGCAUCGAAUACCAAAGACGUCACCAAAGUGUGGGGUAUGGGCCUUAACAAAGACUCGCAGCUGGGCUUCCAACGCACCCAACACGAUCGCCACAAAACUUAUGACUAUGUGCUGGAGUCAUCGCCUGUGUCUCUGCCGCUGGCGAACCCUCAGGAGACACGCGUUCUCCAGGUGUCCUGUGGUCGAGCUCACUCUUUAGUGCUCACAGACUCUGAAGGAGUCUUCAGCAUGGGUAAUAAUGCCUAUGGCCAGUGUGGAAGGAAAAUCAUUGAGGAUGAAGUUUACAGCGGCAGCCAUCUUGUCCACAAGAUGGAGGGAUUUGAUGGUCGAGUUGUUCAGGUGGUGUGUGGGCAGGACCACAGUUUAUUCCUGACUGAAUCAGGCUCUGUGUAUGCCUGUGGCUGGGGCGCGGAUGGACAGACAGGUCUGGGCCAUCACAACAAGGCUGCGUUUCCUGUCCCAGUUGGUGGUGACCUGGAAGGGGUCAAAGUUCAGCAGGUCAGCACGUAUGGAGAUUGCAGCCUGGCUGUGUCCACAGAGGGUCACGUCUUUGGCUGGGGCAACUCGGAGUACCUGCAACUCGCCUCGGUCACAGAGACCACUCAGAUCAGCGCUCCACGCUUGCUUCCUCUGAAAGGAGUAGGUAAGGUGAUGCAGGCGGCAUGUGGGGGAACUCAGGUUGCCAUACUCAACGAGGACGGAGAAGUGUUCGUGUGGGGCUAUGGAAUCCUAGGGAAAGGGCCCAAUCUGGCCGAGUCCGAGAUCCCAGAGAAGGUGCCAGCGGCACUUUUCGGGAAGUCAGAGUUUAACCCGACGGUAAAAGUGUCUCACAUCCGCUGCGGGCUCAGCCACUUCGCAGCCAUCACAGAUCGUGGCGAACUCUUUGUCUGGGGCAAGAACGUGCGAGGAUGUCUUGGAAUCGGGAAACGGGAUGACCAGUAUUUUCCAUGGCGGGUGACCGUACCGGGUCAUGUGGUGGACGUCGCGUGUGGCGUGGAUCAUAUGGUGGCGCUGGUCAAGUCGAUCAUAUGAGCUCAAGAUGUAUUGGACGUCAAACUGCUUCCUUUUCUGACACAACAGAGCUCUAAGUUGAGGGCUGAAGCUUGAAGGUGUGUGCCUCUACAUUUCUUACCAUGCACUCAAGCAAGAAAAAAAAAAAAAAGUGUAUUUAAUUCGACUAGGACACAGAACACGUCAUGGAUAUGAAAAACUGACAUCUAGAAAUCCAUGCACAUUCAGUAAAUGACUAUUAAUACCAGGCCCUGAUCUGUGAUGUUAAGCUGCAUGCACAGGAGCACUUCCUACCCUGUGAUCCAAAACCAAGAUCCAUAAAUGCAAUGUGAUAUGACUGACCCAACAUCUGUUUCACUUGGCUUCAUUGUACGAUGAUUCAAAUCAGUUCUGUAAUAAACUUUUCUUAACAUCAUUAAAUGUAAUUGGGAAGCAGAGGAUCAUGUGAUCACUCCCAUGUUCUUGAUGGGUUGCCGGUUGUAGUCAAUUAAGGUAAAAAAAACAAAAAACAGCCUGAGACAAAGCUUGCAGUUGGCUGGCACACCUCCAUUUCUAUGGCAACUCCAUGGAAAUUAAAUAUAAAAGCUCGAGCACGGGGACGUGGAAAAGCAGGCCAGGACAAUUCAUCACAGAAACAGUACACGAUGGGGAAAAAAAUAUAUUGUUUUCAUUUCUUUAAUGGUCAGAGAAGAAAUAGGUCACCCUUUUAUUUUUAACACUGAUAAAUACAUGGGUUCUGCUAAUCAGAUCUAACAGGGGGGCGGGGGGGGGGGGAGAAGAAAGGAAAAAGCUCGCGAAGGGGAAAAAACCCCCAUCCAUUCGUGCGUUAAGACCAACAAAUAUGACCCUUUAAAAAAAGAGAUUCCUUCCAAGGAGCGAUUAUUCUUCCCCACUUUUUUUUCACAUCAGUAAGAACAGUAAGAUCUUUAGGAAAGACCUUAAAUAAAGUGCAGACUGGGGUGAGAGAGUUGAAGGCCUAAACUAACGCCAGUGUCCUUUAACACUUAGACCCCCAAUUAACAUUCAAUGAAGGACUGUAAUUCCUUACGUCUUGUCUUUUGAAAAAUGCUGAGAGGUAAAAACUUAGUAAAGAAGCUAAAGUAUUGCGUGCCAUUUCUCUCUUUUCAGUUAUAAAGCAAGACAGCUUCACAUGUGAAAAAGGGGAAGAAAAUGUCCACAAAAAAAAAAGUGUACAGUAAAUUGCAAUCCAUUCUGUAGUUUUUCGGUUGAAAAGAAAUUUUUUUUUUAAAAAGUGAGAGCGACUAAAUCCCCCAACCAACUCUAUUCAGAAAAGAAAGAACAAGAGCCGGAUCAGUUGUGAUGUGUUUGAUUCCAAUCUGAUAAAUCUCCACCCCUCCCACCAGACUGACGCCACCUCGGAGCUGGAGCACAGAAACCCAUUGAUUGUAGUUUGGAUACAAGAAAAACAACAACUUAUUCAUAACUUGAAAACGAGAACACGGGCUUUAGGUGAAACGGGGGCAAAUGAAAAACAAAACCAGUUUCUCAAACAGAUGACAAAAGCUUUCUAAGAAAUUAAACUUGUGAUCAAGCCAUAUCGUUAUUUAAAACAAUCGCUUUUCAAAUUGCACGCCAAAAACCAAAAAAAAAUAAAUAAACCCCACACACUCAGGGAGUCAGUUUAGGCCUAAAGUGACUUGGCACGGUACGAGACAAGGGAUGAGCAACGAAACGGACGUUUAAACAAACAUUUGUGGUGUACAUUCUUGGCCUUCUAUUAAAGAGGACCAGUUGCUAAUACAUUGUGGUUACUUGCAAUGAAUCAGGGGAAAGAAAAAAAAAAAGAUAUCCCAGCCCACGUCUCAGUAAGCCUUGUUGUCAUGGUGAACUGG